AAGAUGAGAAUAUUAACGCUGCUGUUGAUACUUGUUUCUUCAGCGAAUUUCACAUUCGGUGCAGAUUUAAUCAAUGAGAUUUGCCAACAAACCGUUGAUCCUUCUCUAUGCUCCAACUCCCUUCGAUCUGAUCCUCGGUCAGCCAACGCAAACCUCACCACCCUUGGACGCAUUUCCAUCAAGAACGCCCAAAAGAGCGCUAAAGCGGCUAAAAAGUUGAUUCAUAAGGCCAUAAAUUCCAGCAGCUACACGCAAUGCGUAGCCCUCUAUGAUGAUGCCAUUUCCAACACAAAGAAAUGCAAGAAGGCGUUGAAGUCGCGUGAUUAUGGACAAUUAAACACCUUUGUAUCAGCCGCCAUGACGGAUGCUAGUUUGUGUGAUGGUAGCUUCGGUAGGGGCGUCCAAGGGCCGCCUCAGCUUAAGUUUGAGAGCAUAAAAUUACAAGGCUUAUGCAACAUUAUUUUAGUCAUCUCAAAUAGUUUAUCAGGAGUCAUUAAACUUGUUUGAUUUCUCAACGCUUGUGAUUGCAAUGACAAUCAUUUUCUAUCAAGUUUACUUGAUCAUGCCAAUUGAACCUGGGAAUUCUUAUCUCCUCUCCAUUUGAAGAAAAUAUAUCUUUGAUUAUUCUUUUUUUUUUUUUGAAUGGCUCAGCGGAACACACCUAGACGAAGUACCUCCGCCCCCCGGGAUCGACCCCCGGGCCCCCCCUAAGGUCCAGCCCACACCAGCUUUCGACCGGCUGGUAGUCGACCCCUUAGCUCACCCGUGCGGGAAAACCGCUCUAGCCCGGGAUCGAACCCGUGACCAGAGGGUAAAACCCUCACACCUCCACCCAGCUGAGCUGGGCUUCA